GGCAGCUCCCAUAGUGUCGCAUCUGCUUGUGUAAUCUUUUUAUUAUAAAAUAUCAUAUAUAUAUCAGUAAGUUUUUUCGAGAAAUGGGUAAAAAGAAGUCCAACGCUACAGCUGUGGGUCGUAGCUUAGUUAGGGAUCGUUUUGGACAUGGAAAACUAAUUCGAAGUCAAGGAGCAAAUAGUUUUCUUCACACGAGUGAGUUAAAUGAUGGCUAUGACUGGGGAAGACUAAAUCUACAGUCGGUUACAGAACAGAGUAACCUGGAUGACUUCCUGACGACAGCUCAACUCGCGGGAACUGAGUUUACUGCAGAGAAACUGAACAUCACGUUCGUGGACCCUGUAAAAAACACGGGGCUGUUGACUAGCGAUGAGAAGCAGAAGAUCGCAGAAGCACAGGAGGAAAACAGAAACUUACUCUGUAUUCCAAGAAGACCUCCGUGGGAUGAAACAACCACACGAGACGAGCUGGACCUUCGAGAACGAGACGCAUUUCUACAAUGGAGGAGACAGUUAGCACAGCUGCAGGAGGUUGAACACAUUGUCAUGACUCCAUAUGAGAAAAAUCUAGAUUUCUGGAGACAGUUAUGGAGAGUAAUUGAAAGAAGUGACAUCGUUGUUCAGAUAGUUGACGCGAGAAACCCACUAUUAUUCCGCAGUGAGGAUCUUGAGAAAUAUGUGAAGGAGGUUGGUGAUCACAAACUGAAUCUUCUGCUCAUCAACAAGGCCGACUUCCUCACUGAUGAACAGAGAGAAACCUGGGCUGACUAUUUCACCUUUUUUGGAGUGAAGGUGGCAUUUUGGUCGGCACUUCAAGAAACCAGUGUAGGUAAGGACGAAGAAAGCAUUGAGACUGAAACGGAACAGAAAUCUGUCACCGAGGAAAAGAAGAAUGGAAAAGAUUCUCUUUCAUCAGAUGUUAAUGACCUUGAGAAAGACACUGAGGACAAAACUUGUGACAUUGAGAAAUAUUCCAAGGUCAAUGACAAUGCCAAGAACACUGUGCUGGUCACAGAAGGGAGGUCUCAAGAAAAUGUUAAUGAUUCGGACAAGACCGAAUGUGAUAUUCCUCUGGCAAAAAUGAAUGUCGAUGCUAAAGAAUUCAACAGUGAUAUUUCUAAAACAGACUCAGCAGAGGUUAUGGAUAUUGACAGGGUUGAGAAUUCUUCCUCCGAGGUUAAAGAAACAUGUAGGGGAGAUAACUCUUCAGGUGAUGGGACUGACAUACUGAAUUCUCCUAAAGUUCUAACGAGUGCUGAAUUGGUAUCACUGUUGCGGAAUAUCCACAAAGGCCCGACAGUACUGGAUAAUGUAACAACCAUUGGUAUGGUUGGCUAUCCCAAUGUUGGAAAGAGUUCUACGAUUAAUGCAAUCUUGAAAGAGAAGAAAGUACCAGUUUCAGCCACCCCAGGAAGGACGAAACAUUUUCAGACCCUGUACUUGGACUCUGACCUGAUGCUGUGUGACUGUCCGGGUCUCGUGUUCCCAUCGUUCGUGUCGACUAAAGCGCAGCUCGUCAUCAGUGGGAUCCUGCCUGUCGAUCAGAUGAGAGAGCACAUACCACCCGUUUCACUCGUUUGUGAUCUGAUACCUCGUCACAUUCUCAAAUUGGUGUACAACAUCAACCUGCCUUUACCUGAAGAGUGUGACGAUGAAAACAUCAAACCAACAGCUCAUGAAUUACUCAAUGUAUACGGAUGUACGAGAGGUUUCAUGACAUCAAAGGGUCUCCCAGAUGGGCCACGGUCUUCGCGAUAUAUCUUGAAAGACUUUGUCAAUGGUCGUCUUUUAUACUGUCAUCCACCCCCUGGUAUCAGUGAGGAGGAUUUUCAGUCAGCCAGAGAACCUGUGGUGGUGAAACAGAGAAAACGAGACAAACAGGACGCCAAGCAGAGUUUUGGUGAAAAUAAACAUGUGACAAGUCUUGACCGAGAAUUUUUCAGAAAGCCCGUUUGCAAGGCUCACUCGAGAGGAGUGCAUGGUGUAGACGAGUACAUUAGGGGCGGGUGUGGACCGAUGGCAAGCGUGUCGGAAAACUCUACGAGUGCUGUUAGCAGUCAGUCGUCGCUCAACGAAAAACCAUGGAAGAAACACAACAAUCGGAGAAAGAAAGAAAAACUCCGACGUAUUCAUUCCGAUAUGGACAUCUGUUAAAAACAUUUAGGAACGAAGACUAUUUAUGUCUUACACAUAUGUCACUGCAUAUAUUUAAAACGCUUGAACACUGGUGUUAAGAAAAAUAUGCUUUGUAAAUUCAGCCCUUAUUAUGUGAAAUAUGUAAUAAACAAAAAAAUGGGAA